AUGUCGAGCAUCAUGACAUUUGGAUUAGAGCCGCGAGAUGCCGCGGCGGAUGCUGCCUACAAGUCCACAGUUGAAUUAUGGACGUUAUAUUCAAUUGGCGUUGCCGUGACAAUUCUUAGAACAUACGCUCGGAGCAGAGCCGGGGGAUGGAGGAAUUUACGACUCGACGAUUAUGUUAUAUGGGUUGCAAUUAUACUCUAUACUGCACAGACGUCGCUUGCUUAUAGUGUGGGCAAUGUAUCUAAUGGCCUCGCCAACAAUGGCAUGACAACCGCCCAGCGAGAGGCACUACACCCAGACAACCCAAUGUACAGGGCCAGAGUAAUUGGCUCCAAGAUUCAAAUCGCGGGCUGGACCACUUAUUCGGCAUUGAUUAAUUCACUCAAGUUGUCCAUGCUGGCAUUCUACGUUCGACUAAUGGAUGGCCUUGGCCGGCGCUAUCGAAUUCCCAUUUAUGUUGGGUUUGCCCUUGUCAUCGGGAGCUUUGUCGCAAGUGUCAUCACAAUAUUUAGCGCAUGCCGACCAUUCCACAAAAACUGGCAGAUCAAUCCAGAUCCCGGCAACGUGUGCCAACCGGCCAUUUCCAAGCCGGUCAUCGCAGUAACGUUCGCCGCUAACCUCAUUACCGAUCCAUAUCUUAUAUUCAUCCCGAUUCCCAUGCUUUGGCAAUCGAGUCUGAAGCCUUUGAAGAAAAUCGCGGCCACUAUCGUACUCAGUGCGGGUAUCUUUAUUCUUGUUUGCGCCACUAUCAAGAGUGUUUUUCUCCUAGUGGAUCCUGAAGACGGUGCACAACUCGCCAAUGAAUGGGGAACCCGCGAAACGUUCGUCGCAGUCGUCACGACCAAUCUUCCCAUGAUCUUUCACCUGUUCAGAAUUUGGCUCAGCAAAAUUUUCGGCAGCCAGUUUCAGUCGUCCCAAAAGACACAUAAAUCGCCCUCGGGUGGUUUCCGGAGCAUUGGUGGCGGCGGCGACUAUGCUAGUCGGAAGGGUCACGGUCCUGCGAGUACGGAUCCUAUGACCAUUGGUAUGUCAUUUACCGAGAGUGAGGAACGGAUGAUGGAAGACGUUAAAAUGCAGAACUUGAAGGCAUAUCCGGCACCUAUGUCUGGCAACCCGGCCUCGGGUGCUAUCGUGGUCUCCAAUCAGAUUGAUAUCACCCAUGAGACUCGGACUAAUCACAAUAGUAAACAGACUGGGAAAAAGUCACCUGAGGCAUGGUAA